AUGUUCUUGCCACCCAAGGUCCCAGUCAAGAGCGACUACACCCCCCAGAAUGAGCAUUUCUUGUUGUGCACGACACUGGAGAGCCUUGAGGCCUUCCGCAGCAUGAACCCGGAUCGCCGACAUGGCACCAUUGAUACCGCUAUCACAAUGCUUCGAAGGAUGCAGGACACCCAUGUGUCUGCGGCUGGUCAAUACGUGGUUGACAAAUCUGCUCUCGUGCGCGCUAUCAGACAACUCGAUAACCAUGGAAUUUUGCUCAGCGCUGCGGAAGACGACAUCCUCGUGGAAGUCUUCGAGGUGUCUCCCGUCAACCAGCACGUCAUCUCGACAAAAGGCAGGCUCCGGCGCGCUUUUCCGGCCUCGGGCGUAUGUCUUCAGCAUGAUGUCCUCCAAGACCCUUCUUUUCGCGAGGCGUUUGCGUCCACUGUGGCCAAGAUGAGCCAGCAGCGAGUGAAGGGCACGCAGCCAAAGGCAAAGAAGGCUGCUCACAUGCACGACGAGGAUCGUGAUACGACGCACCCCAGAAUGGUCACUGAGUUUCUUAUCUCCGUUCUCGCUCCACUUGGACGAACUGCCACGACAUCGCCGAUCUGGAAAAACACCCGAGACGAAGUUUUAUACUACAGCAGCCUCCAACCCUGGAGAAGAUCGCCCCUUUGGCUGGUCAUCCGCGUCGCUCUGCAAUUGGUCUUCUCGCGAUUCCAUCCGGAAAGGCCAGGAGACUCCUAUAAAGAGUUCAUGAUCUUCGCCAUGGCAAAGAUCCUAUCAAAGACGCAUCAUUACGAGUUCCAUAGUGAACUUCUCCUGGCAAUGAGCUCCAAGAUACGCCAGCGACUACUCAAAAUCGACCGCGUGAGUAACGCUAUACGGGAUUUUGCACGAGUUGUGCUGGUCAAGACAGACCGAAUCCUGGAGGACAGAUGGAGUCGAAUCCAAGGUUUGGAUUCGCUCAGCCCUCCGCCGUCUGAAUUGAUUGGCCAGAAUAUCAUUAAAGACACCUUGGGUUGCAUGAGCAGGCUUGAUGAGUUCAUUGACAGUCUCGGUACGAGACGCCUCGAUCAGAGUCGUAUUGAUUUAGAGCCUGGCUUCAAACUGAAGAAGGGUGAUAAUCAUGCACUGCCCUCACUCCACGCUACAUCUGGUGAUCAGUUGACCUUCGAGCUCAUGGCUUUCGAGACGUGGGUAGCUUCGAGCUUUAGCUCCUGGCUCGACACCCAUCGCUCCGAUGCAGCCACAAUUGGACGGUUGAGGGAGCUAAUUGAAAGAUAUCACAACCUGGCCGAGCCUGAGUAUGACUCGGAUCCGGAGUCUACUUCCUUGAUGAUUCUCACUAUCCUUGAAUUAUGGGUUGGGUGCGACGAGGCGUCUCUCUCGGCAAUUCCGCUCCUGAGAGACUACGAUCCCGGAAUUCCGAGUGAGCUGUUUCAGAACCUCCUGCUGCCUUUUAGACAUCAGAUGAGAAGGCUGUCCACCAUAGAGGAGUAUCUGGUGGACCGUGCUGUUCGGUCCAUCCACCCGUCAGCCGACGUGCUAGGGGCGUUCGGCACGCAAAACUGCUUUUCAGCAAGGUACUACCAGCUCUCUUCAGAACAUCAGGAACUGAAGGCAAGGAUAGAAAGCUGGGCAGCGCAGUGCCGCGAGACAAAAGAAGCCGAGUUUCAGAACAAGAAAGCCCAGUGCCGCAGCCUGAUGAGUCAAUAUGAGUCCACCAACUGCCAGAUGGUCACAGAAUGGUCGGAAUGGGACGAUUGCUAUAUCGAGAAGCACUAUGGAAGCAGGUGCACAAGAUGCGGCUACCUGCGGGAAGCCGAAGCGAUGAACAUACACAUACAUGAAUGGCCCCUACCGCCCAUUCCCCUGGAGGCGUCUUCGACUGUCUUUGAGCUCCUGGUCCCGCCUUCCUUUGGUCACUGGCGCGAUGUGACUGUCUUCCUACAGUCAGAAGUGCUAGGGUCCGCAUACCGCUCGUACGAAGUCCCUCGAAGCGAGCAUACCCCUGCCAGCUAUGAAGCUUUAUCGGCGUUCUUUAGACCGUUUGGGGCAGGCCAGCGGAUCAUGGCGCUUUCUGAGAACAAGCCGCACGCAGUAACGCAUCGUAAGGCGAAGAGAGUGGGGAGGGUCACGGAGCGGGACGUGUGUCUCCAGAACGCUCUACACUACCGCUACUACGACCGGCGAGCCGGCUCUUUUGUCCAGAACCUCUGCUCGGGAGAAAAAGUCCAGGAGAAGUGCACUUACAAGCUUCACACAGAGUCAUCCUCGCUGCAGAAGUUCCUGCGUCGAGGACCAGGCCAUCCCAGUGGACCGUCACCCAAUACGGUCAUAGCAAGCCAAUCAACGUGCCCUCAGGGUAUGCCUCUUGGGGACUUCAAGGCUCUUUGCUCUAUCCCGCUAGGCUACAGUAUCCAGUGGCAAAACAUUCUCGUCCAGCUUCAAGCCCCUUCGAUGAAUCUGAACACCACCGAGGCCACCUAUACACUCCUCCAGUGUGCCCACCAGGCGGGACCGCGCGGGAAUUGCGGCGUCCUCCGAGAGAGUUUUCUCAAGCGCGCCCGGCAAAUCAGCAUGCACUGGAUUGAAGACCUCUGCGAGAAACGAUGGCAGCGCCUCUCAUAUCGUACCUACCCCUUACUGGCAGAAAUGAUUGUCGACCAGGCCGAUGAGUCCCUGGAUCGUGUUGUAAACAGGCAAUGGCCAGCGUAUCAAGCCUUUUCAAGUUGGAAACGGGUAUCUUCCACAUAUGACAACUGGCUGACGAUUGACGCCGCGACGGUGGGGGCGAAAGAGCUCCUCAUAGUCCAUUUCAACCUUCUCGACGGCGAGCUCCUCGUCAACGGUGUGCCACUGAGCCGCCUACCUGGCGAAUACGAAAACCACAUCAUGUACCGUGUGCUUUUUGGACAGACCGCCAUUGAAGUCAUGCCCACGACCGUACCGGGAAUGCGAUUCUCGGCGAAGAACGGGAUUGCUGGACACACUCGGCAUCGUCUCUUCCAGCGAGACGCAUACGUCCAGCCACCGGAGCUGAAAGGCGUCGACCAUCACCUUUUGGCAAGGGAUGACAUCCGCUCGUCGACAUUCCGAGUUGCGCAGUUUGGCGCCGAGAAGUAUUCCAUGCUCUAUGACAUGGUCUAUCCUGCCCGAGACCAGUGGAAGGGCUCAGAGUCCUCAAACCGUGCAGCUGCAAUAUCCAAGAUCAUGUAUUCUACGGAGGUGAGACCACUAUUCAAUGUGCCACAAGAGUUAGACGCUCACAUCUGGCGCUUUUUGGCGAAGCACGAAGUCAUGGAAAGUGGUUCUCAGCCUCUAGACGUAUCCGGACCCGGUUACGAUGCUCGAUGGCUCUCAGGAGGCGGCAGCUACAUUGCCCAGAACUUUAUCAAACUUCACCUCCUGAUCAGCAGGCAGCGUGAAUCGGUCAACAAGUUCAGAUUGACCAUGUGGCUGUCUUCGCUCGCCUACGCGGCGGAUGCUGACAUGCCGAUGCUCUACGUUCUUUCAACAUUCCGCCUUCCCUCCAUGGAACGCGUAGUUCCCCCGGAAGCUCAAGGAUUCAAGUUAUCUAGAGGGGAUUGCGUCAGCCCCUCUGAGCUGGGUCACGCGGUGCAGCAACACUGCGUUUCUCUUCAUCAGUCUCCCGAGGCUUCUGUCCCUCAAAUCCACGGCGAAAAGAGGAGAAGGCAUUCCCAGAGGCAGCAAGAGCUAUUUAGGCAAAAUCAAAAGGCGCCCCGUAAAAGACUUGUCGGCGCGCUGGCCAGUCAAUGGCCAUGUAGGACGCUGGACCGGAGCAUAAUGGAGGCCAAACAGGACGGUUGGUCUCAAUACUACCACACGGGCAACGCAGUGGCUGCAGCUGAGUCUCUGUUCAAGACAUGGGACGACAAUCGGCUUCUGAGACAGUACAUCAAUGAGCUUGUUAGCCUCGUGUCUCUCUCCAGUCAUCAGUGGCACAUGGAGCCGCCGAGUCUCCCGUUAUCUAAUUCGGACAGCCAUCGCACCCGGCGUUUUGUGACCGUCGAUGACUUAUUCACAGGUCCGGCUCCCGAACCGAGACACAUGGUGCACCCUGACAUGGCGUGUCUUCUGGAGCAGAAGGAGGAUACCCUCGAUACCAGAAGCAGACUGUUGCGUCUCAUUGCGGAUCUAGAAUCCGAGGCCAGUUCGACCUACGAGCAGCUCUACGUCGCAUCGUUGAGAACCAGUCUUCAAUCCUUUGGAGAGGGGAACAAAAUCUUCGAACUCAGGGAACCAGUCGUAGCCAUACGAUCUCUUCUAAAAAACCAGCAGAUAUCACAUCGGGAUCAUGUAGAUCGCGUCUAUUCUGGACUGCUGGAUGCAGUGGGAUUCUCGGCGGACGAAGUGGGCGGCCGCAUGAAACAGUGGCCGAGGCUCUCCCCGGCAUUGUUCCUACAGCAACUUUCUCGGACGAGGUGGCACGGGCUCUCGGAAGGCUGGAAGAGGUCUAUCGUACAAUAUGCUCUCGCCCUCAGUUUCCUGCAGCAGACCGAACGACGCCUCAGCAUGUGCGGUAACGUGCCGGACCUGAUCAAGGAUCUUAGCAACACCGGCCAUACGAAUUGGGACCCCUAUGGACAUCCCGAGACGCUUCUUCUCGAGAUCGAGAGCGGUAUAACCGUCCGCGAGGUCCAGGAGCAGAUUUCCCAGAGUAUGAGGGCUACGCCGGCCGGUCGCAACGAGGUCAUGCAGCUCAAUAUGGGAGAGGGCAAGUCCUCGGUAAUUGUGCCGAUGAUCGCCACGGCCCUGGCGGACGGGCACCGUCUCGUGCGAGUAAUUGUCGGGAAGCCACAAGCGAACCAGAUGCUCGAGAUGUUAAUUUCCAAGCUCGGGGGCUUGGUAAACAGGCCGAUCUUCCAGUUACCAUUCUCCCGUGACGUUCAGCCUGAGGCUUCGGAUGUGGCUGGGAUACAGAGUAUUUUCGACGACUGCAUCGCCGAAGGAGGCGUUCUCCUCGUCCAGCCUGAGCAUGUCCUAUCUUUCAAGCUCAUGGCACUUGAGCGAGUAAUUGCUGGGAAAGACCAAGUCGGGCGCAGCAUGCUCCAAUCCCUCGAGUUCCUGAACAAGAAAACGCGGGAUAUCGUCGAUGAAAGCGACGAGAACUUCAGCGUCAAGUUUGAGCUUAUAUACACCCUGGGCCUGCAACAGCCCAUAGAUGACAGCCCAAAUCGAUGGGCAUACAUUCACGACGUCCUGGACAUUCUCAGAAUAGCUGUGCCGCUGGUCUAUGCGAAGCUUCCUGACUCAAUGGAGGUCUCUUCUCGAUGCCCUGGGAGCUUUCCACGAACUAGAAUUCUGACAGAAGAUGCGGAGACGCAGCUCAUGCAUGUAGUUGCAACUCAUAUUUGCGACAAUGGGCUCUGCGGGUUUUCCGCAUCGAGACACACUCCCUCUAUUCGAACAGCCGUCUACAAGUACAUAACUCAUACCGACCUUACAGAUACCGACGUCAGCGUGAUUGAAAAGAGCAGCUUCUGUUCACACAAAUCUAGGAACAUCCUGCUCCUGCUACGAGGACUGUUGGCACAUCGGGUGUUGGUGUUUGUCUUUGCGCAGAAGAGGUGGAGAGUGGACUACGGACUUGUUCACGACAGACAGCCCCCGACCAGGCUCGCAGUUCCUUACAUGGCAGAGGACAGGCCAAGACCACGGUCUGAAUUCAGUCAUCCGGAGGUGGUGAUUCUCUUAACGUGUCUCAGCUAUUACUACGGUGGCCUGACGGACGACGAUCAAUUCGAAGCGUUCCGCCACCUCUGUCGGUCGGACCAAGCGGACAUGGAGUACCAGGCGUGGGUGCGCGACGCAAAUCACUUACCGAAGUCCUUUCAGCAGCUGAGUGGUUUGAACCUGGAGGAUGUGUUCCAGUGCACAGCUCUUGUGUUUCCUUGCUUCCGAUAUGCGAAGGCCGCUAUCGACUAUUUCCUCUCUCACAUCGUUUUCUGCAAGGAAAUGAAAGAGUUCCCGCAAAAACUCACAGCGUCGGGCUGGGAUCUCGGUGAGAUGAAGAGCCUCCCGACCACUGGUUUCAGCGGGACGAACGACUCUCGCGUUGUCCUUCCCUUGUCAGUGCAACAACUUGACCUGCCGGAACAGAAACAUACCAACGCCCUGGUCUUGACUCACAUAUUGCGGCCGGAAAAUACUCUAGUGACGAUAGAUUCGCAGGUUGAUACGUCUUCGAUGUCUGAUGCGGAGAGGCUGCUGUCCCACGUGGUGUCAUUACAGGACCCAGUACGUGUGAUCAUCGACGUUGGGGCGCAGAUCUUGGAGCUCAACAACCUUGAGGUUGCCCAAACGUGGCUGUCAAUGCUCCAGGGCGAUGAGCGCACAAGAGCAGUGGUGUUUUUCGAUGAAAAUGACCGCAUUUGCGUACUUGACCGGCACGAUACCAGUGAGCCACUGCAUACAUCACCAUACGCCGGCCAACUGGACGCUUGCCUUGUGUUCCUGGAUGAGGCACACACAAGAGGCACAGAUUUGAAGCUGCCCCAGGACUACCGUGCUGCCGUCACUCUGGGAGCAAAUCUUACCAAGGAUAGGCUUGUUCAAGCGUGCAUGAGAAUGAGGGAGCUGGGCAAGGGGCAGUCGGUGACUUUUUGUGUCCCGCACGAGAUUGAGAUGAAAAUCCGAUCCCGGAGGAUCCGCACCUCUUCUUUGGACGUGGCAGCAAUCCUUGAGUGGGCUAUUUUCGAGACCUGGCGAGACGCUAGACGAAGCAUUCAAGUAUGGGCGAUGCAGGGCAAGCGGUACCGAGUGCAUGAGAGGCUGUGGAGUCAUUCCCGCGGUCAGGACGGAAGCAGUGCAAUGUCCCAGGAAGAGGCUUGUCGGUUUUUAGAAGACGAGGCACAGACGAUUGAGGCGAGAUAUCGGCUUGUCAUGGAGACGAAAGCCGGCCAGGAUGAUGCGACAGAUGAUACCAUUGUCCUGCGAUGCCAGGAGUUUGGAGCCCUGGACCCCCGGCCUGCUAUGCUCAGGGAAGAACAAGAGCGCGAACUGUCUCCUGAGACCGAGCGUGAGCGUCAGAUCCAGAGGGCGCCGCCGGCCAAACCAUUACCGCAUCAUGUUCAUCCCGACAUCUUACGAUUUGUAUCGACGGGCAUCCUGUCGGACAAAUCGGCAGCAGUUAUGCCCGCGCUCAUGGCGCUCUCAAAAACAACAGCUGCAGCUCAUAUGGACUUGUCCCAGUGUCGCUGGGAACUUCUGGUGUCGGCUGAUUUUGCCCGGACCAUCCAAAUCGAAGAUAUGCCUCCAGUCGGGGCGCAGGACUGCUUUCAGAGGUCGGUGCAAUGGAUCCUCACGGGCCUGCCGCUCUUAUCAACGGGCUUUGUGAAAAGCAUGGUUGUAAUCAGCCCUUACGAGGCACAAGAGCUAUUUCCCGAUAUCAUGAAGUCCGAGACUGUGUGUCUACACCUCUAUGCUACACGGCCCAACCUCGGCUACCGCCCGCUGGAUUCGUUAGAUUUGUACACUGUACCAGACAGGCAGAUAUCACCGAUCCCACAGUCGCUCAUCUUGCAGCUCAAUUUGUUUGCCGGCCAGCUCUACUUUGACAGCUUCGAAGAGUACACCCGGGUCUCUCGCUUCCUCGGUGUGGGCCCGCAAGGCCAGGACCCACUGCGACAACCGCAUGCAGGCCCUACAGACAGGAUGGAACUGUCGUGUUUCCAGAAGGAUUAUGUGGGAUUCUUUAAGGUAAUGUUCACAAAAGUCAGGCGUGAUUGUGAGAGCAUAGACAAGACGCAUAUGGGCAGGUUGCUGAACGACAGGCUUCUGACCGUUGACGAUUUCACAUCUCUUAGCUGA